CCGAUGGAAUACAACAUCGGACAAGAGACACAGAACUUCUCCACUUCGAAGACAAGACCGAUUUGUUUCUGUCUACUCGUUGACUGACGUAAAUUAUUGUACACCAAAUCUAGCUAUAAUCGCUAGAAAGAAGAUAAUUUUUGAGACCUUGCACAACACUAAAAUAAAAUCAAAAUGUCCAGUGAACGUGACAUAUUAUCUGUUGAAGAAUUAAACCUAACCGCACGACACAGCAUCAAGAAUAUAAUUGAAAAGGAAGAAUUUACUUCAUACAGCGUGGAUGUCAGAGAUCCAACUUCUAGCAUAGGAAAUUUAUUUGGAUUUUUGCAAACGGUCAUAAUUACGGGAAAAACCAAGGAUAACAAUAAAAAGGAACUGAUGCUAUUCCUUAAAAACUUUAUACCCGAACAAAAACAGUAUUCAGCUCUCGAUGUUCCGGAGGCAUACCAGAGAGAAGCAUUUAUGUAUAAAGAGUUGUUUAAACUUUUUGAGACAAUUGAAGAUAAAUACGAAAUUCCACAAGAAGAGAAACUGAAUACUGUUAAGGGAUAUAGCGAAACGAACGAUGAAGUCAUAAUUUUAGAAGACGUUUCUUUUAAAGAUUACAAAACAUAUGACGGGUCCGAAGUAAUGCCCUUAAAAUAUGCAGAAUUGUCAAUUGAACAACUUGCCAAACUACAUGCAGUGGCAUUUAUUAUACAGAAGGAAAAUCCAACUUAUUUUGAAGAAAAGAUUAAAACCUUAAAUGCAUCGUACAUAUUUGGUCUUAACCUUGAAAUAUAUUUUAAAAAUUGCUGUGACAUUGCAAAAGAAGCUUUAGACGAAGAUGCAAAAUCUAAACUGGAACAGUUUUUCCCAAAACUGAUUAAAGUUUACUCUAAAUAUAAAUAUGCCACAUUAGGUGAAGCUAUUUGUAUUGUACAUUCAGAUUACCGGAUAAACAAUAUAAUGGUUAAAGAAUUUGACGGACAAGCCUCUAAAGUGAUCCCUAUCGAUUACCAACUGACACACUUUGGCCAUCCUAUCACGGACUUAUUGCACUUCAUUUUCUUAGGAAGUGACCAGGAUUUCAGAAAAAACCACAUGAAUCACUUAAAAGAAUUAUAUUACAGCAGUUUCGAGAAGUUUUUGAAGAGAUUCGAUAUUGUGGCUGAAAAUGUCUAUUCCAAAAAGAAAUUCGAGCAGGAUUUCAGUGAAAACAUGGACUAUGGAUUGAUGUGUUUCUUGUUUUACUUGCCGUAUACAUUUGGAAAGAGAGGUGAAGCCCCAAUUUUGGUGAAAGGGCUCGAGGACAUUCCGAUUGACUUGGAUGACAGUUACAAGGACAGAUUUCGUGGAAUUGUUGAUGACCUUAUACAGUGGGGAUACUUGUAAAUUUUGUGCAUAUUGAAGCAAUAUUAAUUUUUAAUUAAAAACUUAGCUUUUCCAGACUUCACCCCGCGUAAAAUUCUAUUGAAUUUAAAGCUUGUGUACAGAUAACCGCACAGCAAGGAUAAUAAAAACUUUACAAUAUCAUGCGUUUUAAUUAAGUGGUAAUUUUUGCUCCCACAACACAGGGAAUCCUAGUGUGGGAACCAAUGUCUUACUUUACUGCUAACAUGGAAACUUUUGAAAUAAAUAAAUUUAUUAUUUAUUUAUUUAUCUGAUAUAUGGUAUAUCAUAAUCUGGUGUUAUUAUUAUGGAUCCUAUAGUACAACACCUUCAAACACAAUCCGUUCAGUAGUUUUUCCUUGAAGGGGUAACAAUUAAGCGCUUCUGAAUUUGUAAAAAUAAAGUGUAUUAAAUAAGUACAGUCUCUGUUUAUU